AUGCUCCCAGCCUUCUUGGACCUCGUGAUCCAGAGUCACGACUGCGAGGUGACCCCGCGGGAGAACCUGCAGGGGGAGUUCUACGUCGUGCAGCCCGGGUCGUCGGUGGCCACCUCGCUCUCCCAGGGCGAGACGAAGCUGAAGCACAUCGCGCUCAUUCACGUGAAGGGCGGCGCGUUCCAGUGUGUUCCAACGCCGCUGUGGACCACGCGGCCACUGAUGUUCGGCGAGGUUUCGCUUUCGGACUCCGGCCUGCUGCGGACUGACACCCAGGCCAUCUGGGACCAUCUGACCAGCAAGAUCGACGAGUUGAUCUUGCAAGGCCAGGAGGAGUGCCGCGCGCGGAAGCGGGAGCUGGAGAAGCGAGGCAACGGAGGCGCGCCCGCGGGCGGCGUCUCGGCGCCGCUGAAGGCCGUCUGCCCAUCCGCUGCUGCAGACGGGAGCCGCGGGUGA